ACCAUUGAUUAUACAGUGUGUUUAUCAAUGGUAUAACACUCAGGGACCGGUAAUUGAAAGAGCCUGAUCUAAAAAAAAAUGCAAAAAUGAACUAGUAGGUAGUGUCACAAGUUUGAGAACUACUGAACUUUACCAUAAAUAUAACCUAACAAAAUUAAAAAAUAAUUUAAAUAAAUUUCCCUUAUUUUAAUCUAAUUAUAAAUCAAUAAUCCAAAAUUAAAUAAUGCAAUAAUUUAGUUUAUUUCAUUAUGCUAAGAAGCAGUUUUAUUUGUUUAAGUAGUCCAUUUAAAUUGUAUCUGUUUACUCAAAGAUACAUUAUUAGUUUUCCCCCAUUACUUAAACAUGUUUUUAUUAAAUGUUGACAAUAAGGUGUUGGUGACCUUGUGACAGCAUGGUAUAAAUAAAAGAUUCCCACGAUAAAUUCUCAUGUACUGACCCACCGUAACUUAAAAAUCUUGUCUUCAGAGUCUACAUUAUUUUAUGCAGAAAUAUGAUGAAAGACAAAAAAAUUGUUUGUCCCCUACUGUUAGAUAAGGAAACAUAUUUGCCAGAUACAAUCGAUUUGUUAAAUGACAAAGAAGCUAUUAGCUACUGGUUACCGUGCCUUGAGGAAAUGGCACGGAAUUUUGUUAAUAAAGUUUCAUACUUGUGUCCUCACGACAAAACCGCGACGGAGCGAGCGAAGUACACCUGGCAGAAAUUUCACGAUUUUAUCGAGCAAAUUAAAUACAACCCACAGCAGUUUAAACCGUUGAGUAUACGUACUUUACUGGAGUUUAACGAGGAGAACUUGCGAAAGAGCAACUUUGACGAUCCGUGGUUGCUGCAAAAACAAAAGGAGACCGUUGCCGCAUUCACACAAUAUCAAGAUAGAGUGAAUUUCGUUGACUCCAUCGAAGAUUUUUAUUUAAAAUGGGAGGAGCUGUCGAAAGGUCUGGUUGCGGGCAACUUGUUCGAUUGGGGCGCGAAGGCUAUAGCUGACAUUUUGGAGGAGUGCAAUGGGUUCGGAUUAACACACGCGAUGCAAAAAAUACAGCAAAGACCGUGGUUUCACGACGAUUUAGAUAAAUGGAUUAGUAAAUUGAAGAGAACGCCAUAUGUUAAGGCUGUUGUAUUCAUAGAUAAUGCUGGAGUGGAUUUCGUAUUAGGUGUUCUUCCUUUAACACGCGAAUUAUUAAAACAAGGCACAAGUGUUGUUUUAACAGCGAACUCGGGACCAGCAUUGAAUGAUGUUACUUACAGUGACUUAGAAGUCUAUUUAAAAAGUGCCGAACAAAAAUGUGAUGUACUAAGAGAUGCAAUUGCAAACAAUAGACUGAUGGCCAUUGAAAAUGGACAGAAAGGGCCUUGUCUCGAUCUACGCACCUUACACAAUGAAUUGUGCGCGGAAAUGCAGACCGCCGAUCUUUUAAUUUUGGAAGGAAUGGGACGAGCAGUUCAUACAAAUUUGAAGGCCAAGUUUAAAGUUGACUGUCUUAAACUAGCGGUGCUUAAAAAUGAGUGGCUGGCAAAAAAUUUAGGUGCUCAGCAAUUUUCCGUUAUAUUUCAAUAUGAUCCCGCACCUCUCCCAAAAGUGCAAUGAACUAAAUUAUUAGUUUUAAAAAGUAUCUUAACAAGUAGGGGAUGUUCAUAAUUUUUUACAUGUAACGCUUAUCUUCUCCUUUAAAAAUUUAUUGUUUUUCGUUUUGAAAUUUUAUGAAUUCAGUACAGAAUUGAAUUGUAAAUGAUCCAUCAAUUUUAUGUAACAUUUUGACCUGUAAGUUUAUUCAUCCAGAAAUGAUUGUUUUAAAGCAUUUUGUGGUUGUUACUAUAGUUUCCUAUUUUACCGGGUGCAAGAGUUUCUUUGAAAUCAUCUGCAAAAUGCAAUAAUAUGUAUAUACAUUUAAGAAAAAAAGAUGUGAUUUUUAAUUUUAUGCCUAAUUAAAUGUAAGUACAUAAAGUACCGAUCAAUAAAGUAUUUUCACAUGAA